CCAUGACCGCGAUACUGCGCACAGAGAGGCUGCAGCCGAGUGAGCUUCAGGCUCUGUUUGGAGAGGAGAAGGAUUAUUUGUGCUCUCUCAAUGAUAUUGUUCAUCACACAGAGGAGUGUGAGCUGCAGUCAGAAGGUGAUAAUAUAGAGGCGUGCGACUUGAGUUCUCUUUCUGUUCUUGACUAUGGGCAGCCAUGUGCAGUCCCUCAUCUGCAGGGACCUGUGUUCUCCAAACAGCAAUACAACACCAAACUAGAGGAGCUAAAGAGAGAACACCUGGGAAACAUAGCUGAACUGGAAAAAGUCUACCUGAGCCAAACCAAACCUGAUCAGAGAGAAAGACAGCUUAUUGCUUGCUGGAGACAAAAUGGAGAAGAUACAGAGAGUGAACAGGUGGAGCUCAUCCAGAUUGGGAGAAAGGCUUCAGUGGGCCGUCUGAAGAAUGGUGUUUCUCACCUGAAGUUAAAGGCUCGGCAGAACUCCUUAGAGGAGCAAAGGAAGUUGCUUCACUCUCAGCAGGACUCAUCUCACAGUGCAGCCAAUCAGGGGAUGGACAGCCUGAGACAGAAUUCCAAAGUAACCAUUCCCAAACCGUUUCGCAUGAUGCUUCGUGAAGAGGAUCGCAAGCGGCGCAAUGUGAAAACCCGCUCUGAGAUGGAGCUAGAAAAUGAGAGACUGAAGAAAGAACUGGACGAGCUAAAAGAAUGUAGCAAAAAGUUUCGCGCUAAACCAGCCCCCGCCUCCACUUAUUUGCUCUUCUAUGACACUAUCAAUAAGCACCCAAAUAAGCAUCAAAUCAACCAAACGGAUCACCAUGGAAACCAACACAAACAAGGCACCCAAUGCCAAUCCCCACCUCUUCCACAACAGCCAUUUAGCUUCAUUGAAAGAGAGAGAAAAAAAAGAGAGAAAAAACUAGCGGAUGAGCUAAACAACCUGACUCCCAAAGCAGAACGAAGGGCGUUCAAAGCGAGACCCGUACCGAGGUCUCUAUAUAGGCCCAGCUCACCAACCUGCCAGAUAUACGAGGCAGUUAAUCUGCAUCACAGGGGCUCAGCACUGCCUCCUAGCAUUCUGGAUGACACACUGCAGGAGGAAGAGGAGGCCGAAAAUGAAUAUGAUGAUGAAUUUUCAAGGCCACAGAGCACAGAUAUAUCACGCUGCAGCAGCAAGCUCAGGAAAUGGAAGAACAAGUCUGCACUGCAGGUGGAGGAAGAGAUGGAGAGAAAGAGGAACAGAGAAAGUGACAGAGACUGGUCCUACUUUCAUCCCCUACGCAGGACCAGCCUCUGCCACAGCAAGGAACCCCUGAACACCUGCAAGAGUGACUACAUCAGCGUUUAAAAACUGACACAGAUAGAAUAAACCACAGCCUACAAUACAAAAUGUAUCAUCAGUACUAUAACUCUAUAACUACAGGAUGUGAUAGAAACAGAUAUUGUUUUGGUUUUUCAUUGUGUUACUUUGGAGAGAGAAAAAAAAUGUAAACAAUAAAUAAACU